GGUUGAUUGGCGUUUUGCGAAGCAAGACCCCCAAGGUAAGGUAGCGUGCCUGGUUCUUCCUUUUUGUCAUUUGCGAAUUCGUUUUUUUUUGCUCAUGCCACUGGAGGAGGGGGUAUUUGAGGCGGUCUGGCUACUGAGUGGUACCAAGAUAAAGAGAGAGAAGAGGGCUAGAGGGGUAUUGGGUGAUUGAUCACACGAGAGGAAAGCAGAGAGAGAGAGACACAGCUUUGGAUCGUCAAGACUGGUCUGUUCUGGUAGUAAGCAAGCUACACAAAACGUCGACACCCUCGGCGCAAGACAGUCCAUCUUUCCCACCUCCUCCUCAAACGAAACUCUUUUCCCCUUUUCCACCUCUCACUCAUCUUGUUCCUGAAAUAACCAGGUGCCACACACACACACACAAACUCGUCUCCCUUCCAAUUUCGCCUGCAAUACAGAGCUCUGUUGGUUCUCUACUCGUACCUGCUGCCGCCCUUGGCUACAUUACCUUUUACCUUGACCGAGGCGGGGUAACAAUUUGCCAACGCUCAACACACCCCCGAGAGAGUUGCGCGCCUCUCUGGUGCUUGUCAAUCGGAUCAUCGGCCCAAGGGAGUGGUCCCGAACCCUUGGACAGAGAGAAGGCAAGGAAGCUAUUCUUGGAGCUUCCUUUGUUUGGCGUUGUUGGAAGCUCGGCAAGGUAAGGUAAGGUUUGGAGGGGCUGCUCGCAGUAAUCCCACAAUUAGAGAAUGGCGACCCGGCCGGGAGAGGAAAACGUUGCUACUCUCUUCGGAGACGUUCACUACUUUUACGGCCCACCGACGAGUAAUCCGCCGCACCACCGCUUCGACAAGGGAUCUUACGUCUACCUUUUCGAAAACGCAAACGACCGCCGCGCGCGCAUUGAGAUUGCCAACCAGCCCGGCACCGAAGAUCAAGAUGCCUUUGACGGAUUCCUCGACAAGACGCACGUUCGAUACUCGUACAACCACCAGUGCAUGGUAACCCUCAUCGUCGGCGAGACGACGGACCAGAUGGAAUGGCACCUGCCCACCUACGACCCCCAGAACCAGAACAAGUACCACUACAAACUCCACUCGCUCGACAUCUACUUCUGGAAGGCCGACGACGCCCUCCAGUUCGUCAACGGCAUCCGCUUCGUCCUCCCGCCCGCCCAGGUCGAGAUCCUCGACGAGCCUCAGCAGCAGCAGCAACACCAGCACCAUGUCCAGCAGCACACACAACAUCAACCCGUGAGCUCCGUCGUCCAACAGCUAGAACACGUCGCGAUAUCGGACCCGAACUACGGUUCUCCAAGAGGAGGUGCCUCCGCACAACAGCAGCAGCAAAACGGCUCAGCGUUCGCAGGGCCACCUACCUCAGCCGUAGCCACCGCACCACCAGCCCAUCAACAACAAGAACAGCCGGCGAGCUUCGCACCAAUGGCAUACAAUCCCGCCGCCCCGGCCGCCCCAGAAACAAUCCGCCACAGAGAAAAGACCCCGCCCCCCGAAGACGGCGUCGCGGACCCCCUGGCCGCGGCGGUCGCCUACGACGCGCAGGCUCCGUUCUCACCGGGCUUCGUGCCCCCUCCCGGAUUCCAGAGCGCACAGGGACACGGGGGAAUCGGCCUCCCUCCUCCUCCCCCACCGCCGCAAUUCGGUGGUCCCCCAGGCCAGCCCGUCCUCCAGCGCGCGGCAACGAUGCCGGCGCAAGCCGUACACGGCGGCCUCGCUUCUCCUGGUCUAGUCAACCCCUACGCGAACGGCAGCCCGUUCCCCUCGUCCCCUGGCUUCGCGCCGCCGCCGCCGCCGCCCACUCAGCCGCCUCAACUUCAACAACCUCAACCGCAGGUGCAGCAUGGAACACCCCAACCGCAAGCCGGAGCCGCCCACACUCCCCCGACACCACCCUCAGCAACGACUGCGGCCUCCGCGCCCCCGGCUGCAGGGGCGCCGAUGUCGCCUCCGCCCGGUGGGUUCUCGCAGUACUCGUAUAGCAGUAGUAACGGGGGCGGCCAGCAGCAGCAGCCGGGGGCGUUCGACUACUCUAUUCACCAGCAGGCGUAUCGGCCUACGGAGGUGGAGGCGGGCAAGUAUAAGGGGUACACGGGCAAGCAGGACCCGUCGGGGCGUUUGGAGGCGAAUGUUGGGAGGUUGGAGAAGGGUGUUACGGGGAUGUUUAGGAAGUUUGAGAAGAAGUUUGGGUGAGUAGGAUACGUGAUGGCGAUGUGAGGGAAAGGGGGAGGGGGCGGGGGCUAAUGUUUUGGAUGAUUUCUCUUCUUUUUUUUUCUGGUUUCAUAAGGGGGGAGCAAUCCUGGGUGAUUUAGGUAGUUUGAUCAUUGAGUACGCAACCU